AUGAGCGUCAGCGACGCCGACAAGCUCAUCACCUCGGACGACCAGGACCACCCCGCCAACCUCAUCCCCGCGCUCUGCGCCAAGUUUUGGACGCUCGGCUGGGUGACGGGCACCGGCGGCGGCUGUUCCAUCCGCGAUGAGUGCGUUAUCCCCCAUCCCUCAACCGCGUCCUCUUUCCCCCGUCCUCACCCGCGGCCCCCUCUGCCCCUCCCCCGCUCUGCACAAAGUACACACAUGCUAACCGCGCCCCCAAAAAGCGACCUCGUCUACCUCGCGCCAUCCGGCGUGCAAAAGGAACUCAUGAAGCCGGCCGACAUUUACGUGCUGUCGCUGUCCGCGCAGGACCCGACGCAGCCGCUGCGCAGCUACCUGCGCAGCCCGCCGUCGUACCGGCCGAGCCAGUGCACGCCGCUGUUCCUCGCCGCGUUUACGCGCCGCGGCGCCGGCUGCUGCAUCCACACGCACUCGCAGUGGGCCGUGCUGGUCACGCUGCUGCUGGAGCAGCACGAGGAGGCGAACCGGAACGUGUUCGAGGUCAACAAUAUCGAGCAGAUCAAGGGCUUUGGGCGCGGCCCGGGCAGGGCCGGCAACCUCGGCUACCACGACACCCUCCGCAUCCCCGUCAUUGAGAACACGCCCCAUGAGGAGGACCUCACUGAGUAUCUGGAAGAGGCCAUGGAGGCGUACCCGGACACGUACGCCGUGCUGGUGCGCAGGCAUGGCGUGUAUGUGUGGGGGGAUAACGUGCACAAGGCCAAGACACAGUGUGAGAGCGUGUGCGUUGGAUAUAGUCUGGACUACCUCUUCCAGCUGGCCGUCGAGAUGAAGAAGCUCGGCAUUCCCUGGAUCAGUGACAUUCCUCGUAUCGCUGCUGAUAGGACGUAA